AUGAAGGGGGAAAAUGGCAGGAAGCCAAGGAACGCAAAAGGCAGCGGCCGAAGCGGUAGCAGCUGCGGCAGCGGCAGUAGCAGCGGCAAGGGAAAGGGCGACGGAGAGGGUAGCAGGAUAUGCCUGCUUUUCGUGUCGCCAUUGGAUAAGCAGAUGAAUUUGGUGGCUAUAGAUACAGCCAGAGGAGAAUUAAGGAUGGAUCGGUUAAGCACUCUGCAUAACAACGCUUCAACAAACUGUGUUGGCUUGACCGCACUGGGUUCGGAAGCUUACGCGAUUGGGGGUGAUGUUCAUCUGGAGGAGGGCCCUACCCUGAACGGAGGGAAGCCAGAUCCGGUGGUUGUUACCGUGGAUCAAAAGAUAUAUGCCCUUGCCGGGACUUCUUUGCAGGGGGAUACGACACGUGAGAAAUUGAACCCCGUAUUCGAGUUCCUUGAUCCUAAUGGGAGCAACAUUCGGACCCGUCUGCCUGAUCCCCCAUUCAUUUCCUUGUACACAAUACAAGAUUGUUAUUCUAAUGGCGUGGAGUUCUGCGGACACGCAGUCAUUGGCUUCAAUAUUUAUGUGCAAGUAGUUGAACCAUCUGGUUCUAUAUCCCUGUAUUCCUUCAAUGUUAAGAAAGAAAAGUGGACAUCGCAUAUUACUAGUACAAACAAUGGUGACGACCGGGAAGAAUGUGGCGCUGCGGGGUCUGAUGGUCUUAUAUUUGAUAAUCUGAGAUUUGCCGAGUGGUAUGGUCGGGCUGAUGUGGUGGAUUACCUCUUGUAUCAGCCAUUCCUCAAGUUUGUGGAAAAAGGAUUGAAGCUUUAUGCAUUUGAUCUCACCGCCAGCAAGCGGGAUGAAGAGGAGAUUGAAGAAGAAGGAGACCUCUACCACGAUAAUGAGUUGUUGGCUAUCCCUGAUGAUUACUCCUUCCUCGACGACGAUGAUUUGGAAAAUUAUGACUGCGCAGACAGUGAUGACUGUGCAACUGUUCCAGUAUUUGGUUUGAAUCAUGUUACUGAUUCAAUUCCUGGUUCAGAUGGCAGUGAGGGGUUUGUUGCUCACCUUAGAGACAACCUGUUUUGCUUCAUUGGCAUGUACACCAGUACCCACCAUUUUCCGAACGAGCAUUUCAAAAGGACUGUCACUCGUCUUCGUGCUUCUGUGUUUGAAUUUGUCUCCCUUGAGAUAUAAAAAGGGCCUAAGUUUUUGAAACGCUAUCUUCUAGCUCAAAACGUCAUUCAGGAUGACUGGAUGUUGGACUGGGAUUUGGGAUCUUCGUUGAUUUUUAGUUCAUGGUGCAAAAUUCCAGAUAAAGGUCAUCAGAUCCAUUUUCGGUGACCUUAAUUUCAAUGUGACGGAAAGCCUGAUUCGUAUAGAGAUGAGGCAGCUGGUAAAGCGGUUCGAAAGCAGUGAGAUAAUAAUGUACGAGAAGCUA